UAACUUGUCUAUAGCCUGAAGCGGAUUUGACAGACGAUAUUGUUUGUGAAUUAAUAAAAUUGAAUUAGCAAAUACCAAUUCAAUCUCGAAAGUGUAAUAAUGGAAUAUUUGCUCGGGAUUUAGCUUGAAAUUAAUAUAACUAUAUGAUGAUAAAUAAAUCGUGGCUUAUACUUCUGACGUCGCAUUAAUUCUAUUGAAAUGUGUUCUGAAAUGCCAAAAGAAUUUCAAAAGACGUCGGAAGUGUUGCCUUUUACGAAAUAUGGACUAUCAACAGCUGAAGAAUUCAGGAAGGUUGAAAAAGAUAUUCAACAUUUGGAGGGCUUGAAAAAGAUUGGUUUGACCAAUGAUGAGAUAAAAUUGUACCAGGAAAAUGAGGCGGGCCUCUUGGAUCAACGGAAGAAAAUCGAAUCAAAUGUUUUGAAGUCAAAAUUAGAAGGACUUUACAAUAAAAUUAAUGAUUUUCAAAAUGCUUCAGGGAGUCAAGAAAACGAAGAUGUUCCAACUACUUCCAAUGCUGCACCUGAAGAUAUCAUUAACAGAAUACAUAAACAUCCAAUGAAAUUCUAUCCAGAAGGACAUCCCAUGAAUGAAUUAAAAGAAAUUCAAGAAGAAUUAUUUGGUCAUUUGAAGAAUGACAAUCUUUUACCAAUAACAAAACGACGUAAAAUAUUAAGACGUCUUGAAAGAAAGAAAGAAAAAUUACUCUUACAGCAAAAAGAUCCAGGAAUACAUUCCAAGGAUCCCAUUCCAGGUCCAUCAAAAGUUAAUCCAGGAAGUUUGUGGGAUGUAAAAGAUACUCCACGAAAUGUUCAAAGACCAAAAUUACGUCAAGAUAUAAUAGGACCUAAGCAACAGACCAUGUACACCGUGAAGGAAAACAAAAUAGUAAGGUUAGAACCUGUGCAACAUGAGGAAGCGGAAGAGUACCGAGCUGUGGACAUUGUGGUACCAAUUAAUGCAGCUGAAGAACAACUUCUAGAAGGGACAAAGAUGUGCUUGGAUGACAUCAAGAAGAUUGAGAGGUUUAAAGACUAUGAGCCAGGAAUUCCAUCUAAAGUGCUGUUCCUCAAAAACAUUUCACCAUCUGUACCGCAAGAGCAGUUGAUGUUGCUCUUCAACCAGUUUCACUUGGAGAAUGGAGGUCCAGUGGACUUACGGCUGAUGACAGGACGAAUGCGGGGGCAAGCCUUUGUCACCUUUCAAAGUGAAGACUUAGCUAUUCAGGCUUUGGAGGAAGUAAACGGAACAAUAUUGGAUGGUCGUCCAAUAAUUGCGCAAUUUGGACGAAACAGCAACAGAAUUCAAAUGGAGGAGAACAGAUAAACACAUUUGCAAGUUGUAGUUUUCACAUGCUUAUUGACACCUAAGUUUUACUUUAAGUAACUAAUUUAUUAUUCAAUAACUAAUAUAUACCUAUAUUUUAAGCAUACUAAAUGUAAAUAAAAUAUUAUCAAUAUCAUUUUAUCCUAAUUUUAAAAAAUUGUUAUAUUCAC